CAUUUACCUGAUCGGAUGGUGGGCACGGAUCUCCAAAGCCCAGCUAGAUCUCACCACCAAUGGCGCUUCCGUUCUGAGUCACUGACGAGGUGGGCCCUUAGGUGGCGCUUCUUCUCCAUGGCCCUGAUCGCCGCCAAGUCCGGCGGCGGCGUGCUCGCGCAGCGCGGCGGCGGCGGCGGCAACCUCUUCGGCCUCGCCGCGGCCUCCGCCUUGUCCGCGUCCACGUCCACGGCCGCCGCCACGACGCCUCAGCGCAUCUCCCACUACCUCGCGCACCAUCCGAGAGCGACAUGGGAGGCGCUCUCCGCCGCCUUCCCCGCCGCCGACCACGUCGACGCCGUCCUCCUCUCCCUCGCCAAGCACCUCCACUCCUCCUCCUCGUCCUACUCCCCAGAGCUCGUCGCCAGGAACGCGCUCACCUUCUUCUACUGGGCCGCCUCCUCGUCGUCGUCGUCGACCCCCCACACCCUCCGCGCCUACUGCCUCCUCGUCCACCUCCUCUCCCGCGCCGCCCUCAUCCGCGACGCGUCCGUGCUCCUCGAAUCGGCCAUAGCCAAGCACUCCUCCUCGUCGCCCGCUUCUGCCUUCUUGGACGCCUUCUUCGCGGCCUACGAGGACAGCGGCACGGCCGCGACGACCCGUGGACUCCACCUCCUGGUGCACGCCUACGCGCGCGCGCGCCUCCCGGAGGAGGCGCUCGAGGCCUGCCGCUACCUGGCGCAGCGCGGGGUGGUCCCCUCCCUGCCCGCCUUCAACGCCGUGCUGCACGCGGCCCAGCGCACCGGGCGGUUCGGGGUCGCCUGGGAGGUGUUCGAGCUUAUGACGCUGAAGCGGGUGUACGCCAACCAGAGCACCGUUGAGCUUGUCAUCGGCGUCCUCAGCCGGGAGGGUGCGCUUGCCAGGAUGGCUGCACUCGUAGAGAGGAUUCACGGUAAGAAGUGUGCACCAGGCGUGGUGGCACACGUCGCGCUCACGCUGAAAAUCUUCGAGGAAGGGAGGACUGAGCAGGGGAUCUUGCUGCUCAGGAGGAUGCUGCAGAGGAACAUGGUGUUUGACAACAUUGCCUACUCGCUGAUAGUGCAUGCCCAUUGCCAGGCUGGUGAUCUGAAGUCCGCAUGCGAGCAACGGGAUGACAUGGUUCGCCGUGGCUGUCGCCUGAAUUCGUUCGUGUAUACUUGCCUUAUCAGAGUACAUUGCCGUGCAGGCGAUGUUGAUGAAGCCAUGCAAUUGUUUGAAGAAAUGAUCUCUAUUGUGUUGAAGCCGUAUGAUGCUACAUACAGCCAUCUCACUGCUGGGUGUUUCAGACAAGGGAGGAUGAAGGAGGGCUCGGAGUACAUGGACAAGAUGCUCCAUCAAGGUUCUGUGCCGGAUAUUGGCACUUGCAAUGAUAUGCUAGAGGCGCUUUGCGAUUCAGGACAUGUCAGCAAGGCAAACGAGCUGCUAACGGCACUGAUGGACAAGGGGUUUGUUCCCGAUCAAAACACAUACUUGAGGAUGACCAAUGGAUAUGGCAAGGUUGGUGAUGCUCAAGGUAUUAUCAAGAUUUAUCAUGAGAUGGAGCACAGGGGGCUUAAUAUUGGUGUUGAUGUUUUUAGCUCCCUCAUUAGGGCCCUUUGCAAGUGUGGAGAUCUCAAGGAAGCUGAGAAAUUCUUGGCUAUUCUGGAAAGAAAGCUGUUGGCACCAACUAGUGAAAUAUAUGAUCUUUUGAUCAGUGGUAACUGUGAGAAGGGUAACACUAAGAAGGCACUUUGGUUUUAUGACAGGAUGAUGACAGGGAACGACAAGCUAGUCCCCUCUGCUGAUACUUUUAUGAUGUUAGUGAGAAGAGUUAUCAAACCAAAGUCUACCUGUUCCCCUAAUUGCUGAUCUCCCAAAUAAGAUCUAAUUGCAUGGGGAAUUGAUGGGAGAAAACACAGGAAAUGCUAUUAUUACCCAACAUGAUUUGUCUUCCCAUCUCUUCUACUCUAUGAGAAUGCUGUGCUGCAGCUGAGUGCUCAUGCCGCCUGGUUCUCCAAGCAAGAGGGCCAAGGAGGGGACGCCGAUGUUGGAGCGUUGCCUCCCACAUUUCGCCGUUGCUAUUGGCAGCGUCAGCUCAGAUGUGGUGCAGGCAGCUAGUACUUACUGCUGCACGGUUGAGUCCCCGUCACACAAAGUUUGGCACCAUGUCUCUCUUUUAGCACAGUGCUACCAGCCAGCUCCGAGGUAGCAACAGCAACAGCAUUUGCAGUGCCAGAUUGAUGUGCAGCUUUGCUCACGCAGGAGCAAGCAACCAAGAACGGGAGUACCGGAGCAUGUGAGCUAUGUCGUCGUCGACAGCGGCAGCGUGGCGCCGGGCAAGAUCGCCGGCGCCGCCGUCGCCAGCCGGAGCCGAUAAAUAACACAAGUACGCAGUACUACUACCUCACUAAUUUUGCUUCUAGCACGUCGUUUGCUCAUUCCAUUUCACGGCUGUUAUAUACGCUUAAAAACUGAUCUGCAUGCAAAUUUACAUCUCGUAAUCCCUGUCAGGGUUUAGUAUGGUUAAGUGUCUCUGUUGAAGGUUACUUGUGUGAUGCGACUACUCAAGUGAUCUGUCUUUGAUCAUGUCCCGGAAGAAAACGAGACCGAUUUUGACCAGAAACCCAUUAAAAGGCUUGCUGAAAUUAUUUCUCGUUGGCGCUUUCUUGCCGUGUAAUUAGUGCCGUGCUGCGGUUUUUGUCCGUAGUUGUAGCAGCGAUUGGGGUGGCUCCCCUUGACGCUCUCACAGUUGCUUUCGGCAUGCCGAGAUGGCUCGUUCGACGACAAUAUGAUUGCAUCAGAGGCUGGGGCUUGAGAAUCGCUGUGAUGCCCUCUUAUUUUAUCUUUUGUUUAUUCUUUUUUCUCUCAGUUUUUUCUCUAUAAUUCGAGAGCGGAAAAAACCCCCCGAAAAAUAGUUUUUUGCAGUUCAUGUCUACCUGCGAAAUUCCCCUGGUCGUCACUGUACUGUGGAGUAUGUAGUUAAACUGAAAAAGGAAGCAAAUUUAUUGUUAACAGUUUGCACUAUUUGGCUAUGCAGUAAAAGGUUGGUCACUCUUCUGUCAUAACAAAUGAGCAAAUCUCUUUUUUUAGGAAAGAGAUUAGUGUACGUUACCGCAUUAUUUGUUGAAACCUCAGGGAAGCAUUGUCGAAGA